GAGCACGCCCAUCAACCAGCCGCAUCUAGCCACAUUGGGCGGCCCCCAGGAGCAGGCCGACUACCUCAAGCACUUCCGCGCCGACAGCAUCGUCCGCGACGCCGAGGCCGUGCGCCUCUGCUUGACUGCCGGUUACCCCGAGAUUCCCGCAGGGGUUGCGCGAGGUGUUUAUGACGGGCGGUCUCGCUCCCGUCAAGCGCACGGCUGAGGAGGUCUACACGGCCCUGUACAAGAAGGUCAUCGAGCGCAACGAAGCCUAUUACCGGAAGUUCCCCGAGGACGUGGAACGCGUCCGGAAGAUAGCGCAGUACCUGGACGAAAAAACUCCCGUCCUGCUGCCGGGCGGCGGCGAGUUCACCGUCGAAAGACUGCUCGGCAUCGGUCUCUGCAUGGGAAUGAACGGCGGCCUGGAUUUGAUCCACAGCACCAUCCUCAAGCUGGCCAUGGACAUCGACCAGUUCGACUUCAUCACGCGCGCGGCAGGCUCCGCUUUCGAGGGGCUGGUUCCCUUCGACACCAACCCCAUCUACGCCGUCCUUCACGAGUCCAUCUACACCAACGGACCGGGGCUGGCGUCUAACUGGGCCGCCCACCGCGUCGGCAAGACGCUCUCCGAAUCCGAGCCGGGACUCAGCUGGCUGUCCUCUGUGCCCCAAGCUCUCAACUCCCCCUCCCCAAAUCAGCAACCGCUGUACUUCUCAGGCGAAAUGGUCUACCCCGCCCACUUCGAUUGCUACCCGGAGCUGAAGGACAUGAAGGAGACGGCCGAGCUUCUGGCCAAGUACGACGACUGGCCGCGGCUCUACGACCUGGAUCAGCUGGCGCGGAACGAGGUGCCCGUUUACGCGGCCAGCUAUGUCGAGGACAUGUAUGUCGCUGCGGACUUUGCAAGGGAGACGGCCAAGGCGGUUAGGGGGACCAAGGUGUUUGAGACGAAUGUGAUGUACCAUGGUGCGCUGAGGGCCAAGACGGAAGAGGUCUUGGGGCAGUUGUUUAAGUUGAGGGAUGAUACGCUGGAUUAGAGUAAGGGGUAUCAUCUCGUUGCCGGUCUGAAGUGGUUGUUGAGGAUCUUGAUGGUUAAGAAGACAGGCUCGCGGUCUCGA